AUGGGCGGUUCCCAAUCAAGUCACGACUGCGUGGUAGAUCGAAUUGUUGCGCAAAUUCGUGCUCAAACUGAUGUGCAACCGCAAGUGGCGAUUGUGUGUGGAAGUGGAUUGGGUGGACUGGCAAAGUCUGUCGAAAAAGCAAUCACGAUUCCGUACAGUUCGAUAAAAGAUUUUCCCCAAACCACUGUGAGUGGACAUAACGGAAAUUUUAUCUUCGGUCAGCUGAAAUCAAAAUCGAUUGUGAUCAUGCAGGGCAGACUACAUCAGUACGAAGGUUUCACUCACGAUCAGAUGGUUUUACCGAUGCGCGUGCUUAAACAACUCGGAGUGAGCAUUGUAUUGCUGACCAACGCGGCUGGAGGCCUGAAGGAAAAGUUGAAUGUUGGUGAUUUGGUUGUGCUUAACGAUCAUAUCAGUCUAUCUGGUCUGGGCACUGGGAAUGUGUUGAUUGGCCCGAAUAAUGAAAGCCUCGGGCCCCGCUUUCCAGCAACCACAGAUGCGUACGAUGAAGAGUUACGCAAAAUAUUGCUCUCGAAAGCAAAACAACUGGGCAUAGAUGACUGUGUUCAUGAAGGCGUAUAUUUUCACGUGAUGGGACCGACCUAUACGACAAAUGCUGAAUGUCGUAUGAUGCUCAAUAUGGGCGCAGAUGUUGUAGGUAUGAGCACCGUGCCGGAGGUGUUUGUGGCACGACAUUGUGGACUGCGUGUCGCGGCUGUCUCACUUGUUUCGGACAACUGCAAUCCGGAUCGAAAAGACGCAACAGCGUUGACACACGAGGAGGUAUUGAAAGCGGCGAAUCAGCACGCCACUAAACUGGAACAACUCUGUGUGGAAUUUGUUAGCGUAUUAUAA